AUGAGCCUGGGCCUUUCUUUAUUUUUACCAGUUGCUGCAAAGAUCAAGAACCUCCAGGAUUAUUAUGGAAGGGUGAUGAAUAAUGUUCAACCGCUUCCAUCAGGAGUGGACAUCAGUAAUACCAUUAAGUACUUCUCUCAAGUUCUUCUUGGUGUUUUACGAGAUGUACCACAAUCUCCUCUGGAACUGUUAAGACAUGGAGGAUCCAAUGAGAGUCGCCUGGCCUUGUUUCCUAACCUUGAUUAUAUUGGUCUCUUUGAAGCGCUCAUACAGACUGCCCAGAUUGUCCCCCUUGUCCCAUCAGCCUCCCAGUGGUAUGAUCUCGUCCUCUGUCAACAUGUGAAUUGCCCCAAAGGCCGAGCUGCAGAGGCAGUCCAAAUGUGCCAAGAUCAUAGUAUCUCAAUCUUCCUUGGAGGAGAUUCACCACCACCUUUGUUUGUCUGCCCAGAUUGUGCUGAGUUUGUUCACUCAGAAUGGCCCUCUGUUCUGCUUGAGGAUCUUCUUUUUCCUCUCCAGCAAGUUUCACUUACAUGUGAAAAUAAGGUACUGAGAUUUGGUAUCAUGAAAACAGUGACAAGAGUUUUGGAGGACUAUUACAGGAGUGAUUUCCUUAAGGUGCAUGGAGAAAACAUGCUUCUCACAUGGCUAAAAGAUGAGAAACAGGCUUGCCAACAAUGGAACUGCAGAUCUCAGCAGAAGGCUGCAGUCUCCACAUGCUUCUCCAUGGAAUGUGCAAGUUAUAAUGGAAACCAUCCCAUGAGGUACUGCCAGCAGUGCCAUAACAUCCGGCACAAUGAGAGACGUGGAUACAAUCAUGCAUUCUCCAUGAAUGUUUCCUCAGCUUGGAGUCUUCCCACGUGUACACAACCGUACUGCUUUGAAGCAAUUAUUAGCUUGUUGAAGGAAGCCCAGUUGCCAAUUGAGCCCAAAAAUCAAGACACCCAUGACAGACAUGUUCGAUUCUCUCAUUUUGACAUAUUUGAGCAACCUGAUCCUGCAGAAGUUGAAGAGAGAAGAUUGAUUUCUCGCUUUGGCAUUUAUCUUCUGGUGGGCUUAUGCAAGCCACAACCUGAUACUCCUAUAGAUGUACUGGGGAGACUUCUUAGCAUGCUUUUCCAGUGGUUUCAUGCUACAGCUUGCCUUCCUGAUGACAAGACAACCAACACCCUGGAACAGUUGAAGAGUGAUUAUGUUCAAGAAUGGCUUCAAAGUGUCAUGAAUCUUCAUCCAAAUGUUGUGAAGGAGUGUCUUCUCCCUUUGCCUGUGGAAUAUGCUCGUGUUGGUGGUAAUUGGGAAAGUCAGAUAACCAGGGCUGAGCAUGUGAAACAAGGCUUAUCUCGUCUGCUUUGCCUAGUUCCUUAUGAACUCAUUUCUUUGGACCUCUGGACAGAAAUCAUGCCUUUCUGGAUGGAAGCCAUCAAUACAGAUAUUCCUGAAGCAGAAUACCAAGACAUUCGUGUGGUGCUGACGUAA